AUGGCUCCCAAAGACAUCAUGACAAACUCCCAUGCCAAAUCAAUCUUAAAUACUAUGAACUCAUUACGCAAGAGCCAAACACUGUGUGAUGUGACUCUUCGUGUAAAUAUGAAGGAUUUUCCUGCUCAUCGCAUUGUUCUUGCCGCUUGCAGUGACUAUUUUUGUGCUAUGUUUACUAGUGAGCUGUCUGAAAAAGGAAAACCAUAUGUUGAUAUCCAGGGACUGACUUCAUCUACCAUGGAAAUCCUACUUGAUUUUGUGUACACAGAGACUGUUCAUGUAACAGUGGAAAAUGUGCAGGAGCUUCUUCCGGCUGCAUGUUUACUUCAGCUUAAAGGUGUGAAACAGGCAUGUUGUGACUUUCUGGAAUCUCAGCUUGACCCUUCCAAUUGCUUGGGAAUCCGUGACUUUGCAGAGACUCAUAAUUGUUUAGACUUGAUGCAGGCGGCUGAAGUUUACAGUCAGAAGCACUUUCCAGAAGUGGUGCAACAUGAGGAGUUUAUGCUGUUGCAGCAGGAAGAGGUGGAAAAACUUAUUCGAUGUGAUGAGAUUCAGGUAGAUUCAGAAGAACCAGUUUUUGAGGCCGUUCUAAAUUGGGUGAAGCACAACAAACAGCACAGGGAGAAAUCACUAUCACAGCUUCUUCAGUAUGUGCGCAUGCCUCUGCUAACACCACGCUAUAUCACAGAUGUCAUAGACACAGAGCCUUUGAUCAAAUGUAGUCUGCAGUGUCGAGAUUUGGUAGAUGAAGCCAAGAAAUUUCACCUCCGUCCAGAGUUAAGAAGUCAGAUGCAGGGUCCUAGAACUCGCAUGCGUUUGGGUGCGAACGAGGUUCUUCUUGUCAUUGGUGGGUUUGGCAGCCAGCAAUCUCCAAUAGAUGUAGUGGAGAAAUAUGAUCCCAAAACCCAGGAGUGGAGUUUCCUUCCAAGUAUCACACGUAAGCGGAGAUAUGUUGCCACAGUAUCUCUUGGGGACCGAGUCUAUGUAAUAGGAGGUUAUGAUGGGCGUUCCCGACUCAGUUCUGUAGAGUGUCUGGAUUACACGUCUGAAGAAGAUGGUGUUUGGUACUCUGUGGCUCCAAUGAAUGUAAGAAGAGGGCUAGCAGGAGCAACCACUUUAGGAGACAUGAUAUAUGUCUCGGGUGGAUUUGAUGGAAGCCGCCGACACACAAGUAUGGAGCGCUAUGACCCUAACAUUGACCAGUGGAGCAUGCUGGGUGACAUGCAAACAGCACGUGAAGGGGCAGGACUUGUUGUGGCCAAUGGAGUUAUUUAUUGCCUUGGAGGUUAUGAUGGCCUAAACAUUUUAAGCUCAGUAGAACGAUAUGACCCACAUACGGGCCACUGGAGCCACGUGACACCUAUGGCAACCAAGCGCUCAGGUGCUGGUGUGGCACUGCUAAAUGAUCACAUAUAUGUGGUGGGAGGCUUUGAUGGCACAUCUCAUCUAUCUUCUGUAGAAGCCUAUAAUAUUCGUACUGACUCUUGGACUACGAUGACUAGCAUGACUACUCCUCGCUGUUAUGUUGGAGCCACUGUACUUCGUGGGGAGACUUUAUGCCAUUGCAGGCUAUGAUGGAAAUUCUCUACUGAACAGUGUUGAAUGCUAUGACCCUGUUAUUGACAGUUGGGAUGUAGUUACAUCUAUGGCAACCCAAAGGUGUGAUGCUGGAGUCUGUGUACUUCGGGAGAAGUGA